AUGUACCACGUCCACGAAUGUGGGCCCAACUAUACCAGGAAGAUGGAAACCAUGUUUCAGGACAUAGAAUUGAGCCGACAACUUAGCAAAAACUUUCGUGCUGCUCAGUCUAGUGCAAAUUGCCUUCUCGAGCUUAAUGUCAGCAUUAUCUGUCCAUCUUCAUGGCCACCCUAUCCCAAGACAACUGCCAACUAUCCUGAAGAUGUGAGUCCUCUUGACAUGAUGCAGGAUCACCCUCAUUUGAUAUUCUCACAUUUACCACAUCUGUGGAAGGAUAUGCUUGGGGGCAUAACGUGGUCAUGGCUAAAUUUUUUAUUUGUCACUUUCCAGUACAAUUGUAAGUUUUUAUGCCGCCAAUAUUAUUACUAUUAUUGUUAA